CAAAAACACACACAGAGAAGUCCCACGCCUAUCACCAAACCCUUGUACAGAGAGAGAGAGAGAGGAGAGAGAGAGAGAGAGAAAUCUGACGAUCUUCUCUCAGCUCUCUGAAGUCUAAAAGAAAAUACAGUGUGAGAGGGAGAUGGGUUCCAUUGCAAAGAAGGGUUUGCAACAGUACUUGUUUCAGCUUCAGCAUCAUCCCCUCAGAACCAAGGCAAUUACGGCGGGAGUGUUGUCAGCGAUCAGUGAUAUAGUGGCUCAGAAGCUCUCCGGGAUACAGAAACUUCAGCUGCGACGUCUUCUUCUUAAAGUGGUUUUUGGAUUUGCAUAUUUUGGACCAUUUGGACAUUUUCUUCAUAUAUUGCUGGAUAAACUUUUCAAGGGGAAGAAGGAUACAAAAACAGUAGCUAAGAAGGUGGCGCUGGAGCAGUUGACAUCUUCUCCUUGGAACAACUUUCUUUUCAUGGUUUACUAUGGGUUGGUUGUUGAGGCAAGGCCCUGGAUCCAUGUGAAAGCUAAAAUAAAAAAGGAUUAUCCAGCAGUGCAGUAUGCAUCGUGGACGUUCUGGCCGGUAGUGGGAUGGGUAAACCACCAGUAUGUACCACUGCAGUUCCGUGUCAUCUUUCACAGCGUUAUAGCAUGUUGCUGGUACGUUUUUUUACCUCAAAUUUUGUUACUAUAUGUUCCGUGGCUCCUGCGUACCAUAUUCUCAUGUAUAUGCCGUCCAUUGAGUCUGAUUGCCAUCAUUUACUAAAGAAAAUUGGGUUUUGAAUGUGCUGUUUUUGUUCUCUUCCUCCAAUUUUGUAGGGGAAUAUUUUUGAAUCUAAAAGCAAAGACGACUGCAUUGACCAAAGGUUAAGCGAUUGAGAGAAUUUUUAGCAAUGAAUUUGUGCCUCGGUUGAUUUAUGCUCAGAGAUGUGAGCAGCAACUCGUUUAGAAUUGUUUUUGUGUUUGUCUACUUUUAGAUUGAUAGCGUGUAAGACAGAACACAAUUGUUUCCUCUCUCUCUCUCUCUCUCUCUCUCUCUCUCUCUCUCUCUCUCGUAUGAAAUGUGAUGUACCGAAUCUCUCCAGUCUGUGUCCUAAUUAAGCUCAAACUGUCUAUUAUACUAGUGUGAAGAUUGCAAUGUUAUGCAGCAAAA